AGAAUUGAAACUUCAGAAAAACGCACGAAAAAACAUUAAACAUUUUCUCAUCAAACAGAUAGUGUUCUCAAAAGUUUUUUAGUGCUUCAAAAUUAUCUAAUAAUAACAACACAGUGUUUGAAUAAUAAUUCCAACAAUAGACUUUCGAACAUGGUUUUAAAAAAAUAAUAAAAGCAAAACAAUGAGUAUUUAUAAAUACUAAUAAAAAAUUAUGACAAAAUAUAAAUUAAAAAGUGAUUUUCGGCACUCUAGUCAAGUGACUUUAACUUCAUACAUGGCGAAUGAAAAUCAAUUGAUUAAUGAUAAUGAUAAUACUAGUCCAAGUAGUAUUGAUGAUGAUAAUAAUGUAGGAGGCAUUGAUAAUCAUGGAAUGAUCAUGGAUACAGAACAACAAAACGAGAACAAUAGAAGUGUUAGUAUUGGUGCUGCAUUAGCGAAAUGUAAUCCAGAUAUGAUGAAUGAACGAUUGCAAUGUUCAAACUGUGGAAGAAAAGAUUCAAAUAGUGUUGUAUUAAAUAUACCAGAUCAAAAAUCAGUUAGAAGAAGAAAAAGUUUACAAAAUCCACCAAAUCCAACAUUAACGGCAUGGUUAAAAGAACGGGCACGGCGGAGUUGUACAAAGAAAAUACUAUAUAAAAAAGUUCCAAUAUUCCAAUGGCUUCCAAAUUACAAUAAAUCAUUAGCAAUAUCCGAUUUAGUUGCGGGUUUCACAGUAGGUUUAACAGUUAUUCCACAAGCGAUUGCGUACGCGAAUGUAGCCGGAUUACCACCAGAGUAUGGUUUAUAUUCAUCAUUUAUGGCAUGUUUUGUAUAUACAGUAUUUGGUAGCGUAAAAGAUUCACCAGUUGGGCCAACAGCAAUUGCAGCUAUUUUAACGAGAGAAAAUUUACAUGGUUUAGGUCCCGAUUUUGCAGUAUUAUUAUGUUUUUUAAGUGGAUGUGUUAUGUUAUUAAUGGGUAUUCUACAAUUAGGAUUUUUAAUAGAUUUUAUUUCCGGUCCAGUAGCGGUUGGAUUCACAUCAGCAGCGGCGAUUGUUAUUGCAACAUCACAAAUAAAAGAUAUAUUGGGUUUAACGUUUUCGGCCGCGAAAUUUUUGGAAGUUUGGGAGGAAGUGUUUGCGCAUAUUUCCGAAACUAGAUUAUGGGAUACUGUUUUAGGUAUUGUGUGUAUGGCAGUUUUACUUUUACUCAGGAAAGUAAAAGACAUAAAAGUCGCACCUGAUUCAAAAGAGAAAACACAAAUUCAAUGCGCAGCUGAAAAGUUCCUGUGGUUUAUUUCAACAGCUAGAAAUAUAAUUGUUGUAAUUGUAUGUGCAUUAAUGGCCUUUGUGUUCGAAGAGCAUGGAAUGAAACCAUUUAUUUUAACAGGUGAAAUUAAAGCCGGUUUGCCAACAUUCCAACCUCCACCAUUUUCAACUAGUGUAAAUAAUCAUACAUAUAAUUUCUUGGAAAUGACCUCAAAUUUAAGUUCAGCAAUUUUCGUUGUUCCUUUGUUAGCUGUGUUAGAAAAUAUCGCUUUGGCUAAAGUUUUUGCGGAAGGAAAACCAAUUGAUGCCACUCAAGAAAUGUUAUCACUUGGAUUAUGUAACAUUGCAUCGUCAUUCGUAAAUUCGAUGCCUGUUUCUGGGGCCCUAUCGCGUGGGGCUGUAAAUAAUGCAAGUGGUGUACAAACAACGUUUGGUGGAAUUUAUACAGGAUUAAUUGUAUUAGUAUCUUUAAAGUAUUUUACUCCAUAUUUUUAUUACAUUCCAAAAGCAUCGUUAGCUGCUGUUAUUAUCGCUGCUGUGGUUUUUAUGGUUGAAUUUCAUGUUGUCAAACCAAUAUGGAGGAGUAAAAAGGUCGACUUAAUUCCAGCAGUUGCAACGUUUUUAUCAUGUUUAUUUAUUCGUUUGGAACUUGGAAUCGUUAUCGGAAUCACUAUUAAUGUAAUUUUCUUAUUAUACGCUUCAGCCCGGCCUUCCGUAAGGGUGGAAAAAAUGAAUAGUCAAUCAGGUUAUGAAUAUUUAUGUAUUACACCUGACCGAAGUUUACGAUUUCCAUCUGUUGAGUAUGUUCGUAAAUCAAUAUCAAAAGCUGGUGCACGUUUAGGAUAUUCUAGUACUCCGGUUGUGAUUGAUGCCCGACAUAUUCAAGGAGCUGAUUUUACGGCAGCUGAAGGUGUAAAAUCUUUAAUCGAUGAUUUCAUGCGUCGAAACCAAGCGCUAUUAUUCUAUAAUUUGAAACCAAGCAUCGUAUCCGUAUUCCAAGGUGUUCAUCCAAAAGAUUUACGUUUAUGUAACUCCGAAAUGGAAUUAAAUGAAAUGUUAAAAGCGUGUCAAACGACGAAACCACGGCCAAGCGAAAACUGUAAUAAUUAAUGAUUGUAACAUUAGUUUAAAACAAAUUUUUUUAUAUAUUUAUAACGAAAAUUAAUAAAUUGAUAGCAUAAUUUUUAGAGUGUACUAAACACAAAAUGUAAGAAUAGACUUAAGACUAACUCAAUAAUUAUUUGGUAAUGUUUGUGGUAAACAUUUUUGAGAAGUAAUUAGUUAAUAAGUAGAAAAAUU